UGCCAGGCAGUGCUCGUGGGGCAGUCUAGCAGUGAGCAGCAUCUGUAGCGGUGGUUCUCCCUGCUCCUCCUCCUCCUCCUCCAGGGCUUCUCUCCAGCUACAUCCUCCUCCUUUGGUAAAACUGUGACUGCAAACUGUGAUUCCCUCAGAUUCGUAUCCAGAAACGCUUUGCUCUCUCCUCUCACCACGACCAUUUUUUCAAAGCCCACACAAAAAGUUACUCGGGUUUUCAAGAGUGCUCCUCCCAUUCAUAACGCAGAAACAGUGUCAGUCUGUCGCUGCCACGGUAAAAAGACUUCAAAAUCCGUGUCCCUUCAUCUACAGCCUUUCGAGAGGAGUGGAGGUGCGCAGCAGUGUGAUUCAGAAAGGCACGUGGCACCCCUCCCAAGGCGCCAUGUGGGCUGAGGUGGGCGCGGGCGUGCUCAUGCUGGUGGUGGGCGUGCGUCUGCUGUACAGGUGGCAGUCAGGUGUGUGUAACUCCAAAGCGUCACUGGAGGGCAAGACUGUCAUCAUCACGGGAGCCUCUGCAGGCAUCGGCAAGGAGGCGGCGAAGGACCUAGUGAGCAGAGGAGCGCGUGUCAUUAUGGCCUGCAGGAACAUAGACAAGGCGGAGAGGGCUGCUGCUGAGGUUAGGGCAUCAGCGAGGGGCAGAGGCGAGGCAGUGGUGCGGCAUCUCGACACCUCCAACCUCUCCUCCGUCAGACGCUUUGCCGAGAAGAUUCUGAAGGAGGAGGACAAACUACAUAUCUUGAUCAACAACGCAGGCAUCGUUGGUCCCCCCACGCGAGAGAUGACAGAGGAAGGGCUGGAGCUCACCAUGGCUACUAACCACUAUGGCCAUUUCCUCCUCACCAAUCUGCUGCUCGGACUCAUCAAGAAAAGCGCUCCAAGUCGCAUCGUCAACCUCACGUCAGACAGCCACGAUUACGUCAACAAGCUCAACCCGGAUUGCCUCAACUUCGAGCAUGACUACUACUCCUCAAUGACAGCGUACGGCCAGUCCAAGUUGUGCAACAUCCUCUUCUCCCUCGAGCUCACACACAAGCUGGAGGGAACAGGCGUGACGGCUAACAGUGUCCACCCCGGCUGUGUGUGUACGGAGAUCUUCUACAAGGGAAAGGUGACUUGGUUCCUGUGGGUGUGUGGCAAACUCUUCUUCGUCAUGGGAAAGGACGCCAAGCUCGGAGCGCAGACCAUCGUUCACGCUGCUGUGUCUGAGGAGCUGGAGGGCGUCAGUGCUCGCUACCUGGUGGACUGCAAGGAGGCUAAGACGACGGAUCUGGCACGGUCGAAGAAGCUUGCCCGACAGUUGUGGGAGGCCAGCGAGGUGGACGUUAAACUACAGCAGGAGGAGAAGCACUACUAGACAAGAAACGCUGAUGGAGGAACAAAACGCGGGAGGUAAUGCGGGAAAGAUUACGAAGGAACUGAGGACAAGAAAAGUAGAGUAAGCGUUGAUCUUGAAGUGUGAAGAGGUACUGAAGGUGAAAAAGUCGCUAUUAAACGUUAGAAGAGACAGGAGGAGACGCAGGAGGAGACGCUGAAGGAGGAUAAGAGAAGGUGAUGCGAGGAUUUAAUAACAGAAAGGUAGUAAGGUAACGUCACAUCGACUCCUUCCUUUGUCUCCCUCCAGCAUCUCCUCUGUGGCCCCUACCCAUCCCACCUUCCCUGUCAUCUCCUCCUCAGUGAGUGGUCCUCGCCUGAUCAAGACAAAUUCACAGACAAAGGUAAAAAAAAGUGAUGAGAUGACA